AUGCGCGAGAUUCUCGAGUUCGCCAAGGAGAGAGGCCUGAUGAACAGCGAGAUCGGAUUCCCUCGCAAGUUUUACGCGCCUCCGAAGAUUAGAUGGAAGUUCUUUGCGAGGUCCACCGAGAAUCCCGUGCAUAUCGCGGCAGGACUCGGGAAUAUCCGAGCGUUGGGACUGUUGGAGGAGUUCGGAUUCGACCUCACCGUGCUGGAUAAAGUGCAGCGUUGUGUGAUCUCGACUGGGGGAUUCUUCUGGCACUUUAUUCAACUAAUCGUCAAGAGACCUGAAGGUAGCGACGCGGAAUCGGCCGACUCGAUCUUCCACACGAACCUCCACACGCCUCUGCACUGCGCGGUAGCGACGGGACAAUUGGGAGCGGUUCGCUGGUUACUGGAGCGGGGAGUUCCCCCCAGUACGCUCACCAAAGCUUCGUUCAGGUCGAACCGGAUACCUCCACUCUUCCUGGCCGAACACGCUGAUAUCGCUCGAGAAUUAUUGCUACAUGGCGCUGACCCACUGGUGAUCCCUGAUCCAGGAUUUAUGAACACUUUGACUCCGUUGCAACUCGCAUACGUUCGUGGUAACUACGCUGUGGCGCAUGAACUGGAAGAAUGGGGAAGCGACGUCGCUCUCACGCCAUUUCACUUGGCUGCUGCUCGCAACGAUGUGGCAGCUAUUCGCAAAUUCAUCGCACGGAAGACAGAUGUGGACUGUCUGGGGGAAAUGGGCUACGUGGGAGUCAACCGAAGGACACCACUGCACUGGGCUGCUAUCAGUGGAGCCACAGACGCUGUGGACGCCUUGUUGGAAGGAGGAGCCGACCCGAACUUCCAGGAUGUGCGUGGUCGGUCGCCGUUGCAUUGGGCGGCGAAGCUCAACAAGUUGGAGGUGGUUCGCUCUCUGCUUCGAGCCAACGCAGACCCGAACUUGGCCGACGGGGAGUUCAUGACGCCACUGAUGUGUGCUGCCUCCGCGUUGGAUGCGUCACGAGAACUCGUCAGUGAGCUCACAGCUGCAGGAGGCGACAUUGGCUAUCAACUACCAACGACAGGUGACACGGCGCUACACGUUGCCGUCCGUGAGGAGAAUGAGGCGUCUGCGCUGGCUGUGUUGGCGUCAGGUGGAGAUCUCAUGCGAAUGAAUAACGAAGGGCUACGACCACUGGACUGCACUGCGUCCACCAGGUUAUUGUUCGAGUUGAAGCGAGCUGCCGGUCAACGAGACGUCAUGAUUAGCUACACACACUCGCACUUGGCGUUUGCUCGAAAGCUGCGUCAGUCUCUGGAGGAAGCGAACGUGACAACGUGGUUAGAUCUGAUGGACCCCAGCGGCAUUGGUGGCGGAGCUGUGUGGCGUGAGGAGAUCGCUCGAGGGAUCACCAACGCGUCGGUAGUGUUGUGUAUCUUGACUGAAGACUACGCGUCGUCCGAGUGGUGUCUGAAGGAGCUGGCACUGGCGAAACAGGUGGGGACUCCCAUCUUGGCUGUCUCGACUGAAGGCGCCAUCGUCGAUGAGAACUUGCAAGUGUAUUUGUACACGCGACAGAUCGUCCCAUUCGAGCCUGCUAUCGUGGGUCUCCGUCGCGAUGGAGGCAGGAUCGACUACGACUACGAUGAAACCAGAUAUCGAUCUCAGUUCUACCUUUUACUGGAUGGUGUUCGCGAUGAGGUCGAGAAGCACCGAUUCAGUACAAGGCAAAAGAACGUGGCCAGCAGCCGUCUGUCGGCGCUUAUUGGGGACGAUGGGGCUGCAGUGCGAAGCAAUCGAGGAACGAUGAUGCAUACGUUAAGUGCCACCGAUCUCUCGCAGGCAUCAGAUACGUGGAACCCGACUGCAUCCAGUCCAAGUGAUUGGCAGGAGCAACUGUUCGUCUUCCUCUCACAUGGAGACAAGCACACCGCCUUCGUACGUCAACUUUCCUUCCAGCUGUCACAGGCGGGCAUCCCUUGCUACAGCGACCAAAACGUCACUGGACAAGACUUCUACACACGAAUCCAAGUGGCUCAAGAGACAAUCCUGCGGUGUUCGUGCUUUGUCGUGUUGGUAUCUAGGCAGACGAUGGCGAACGAGCUGGUGCGGGACCAACUAGCCGAUACACUCUUGUGCGAAGCGAGCUAUUCCACUUCAUGGCCAACGGAAUGGGCCUCAAGUCGAGCUCCAACAAGCUGA